GUUGUCCGCUUGAUCGCCAGUAGUCGCCAGUCUAGCAAGUGUAGCGAAUAUGGCUGAGAACAAUGGCAAUGAACAUUGAGCUAACUUCGCGUUCCGCUUGUACUUGUCAACAAAGAAAUUACCUUUGAUCUGAGACGAAAUAAGGCACUUGGCACUGCGCACGUGCGCAUGAUAUUAUGGCAACUGCUAUUCAAGAGAAUGGGAUGAAACCGUUAACUAAUAAAUCACUCAAUCAUGUGGAAGCUGUUAACAAUUUGGACAAUGCUGACUCAUGUACGGAAGAAAAGAACGAUAGACUAUUCGAUGGUCAGCUACAACCUUACGUGGACCCUGCGGAACCUCUCGAAGAAGCUCCCGAACUCGACAUCGUUAUUAAUAAUGUCGUUUGUAGCUUUAGCGUAAGGUGUCAUUUAAAUCUGCGAGAGAUAGCACUUAAUGGAUCCAACGUCGAAUAUCGACGAGAGAAUGGAAUGAUAACGAUGAAAUUAAGGAGACCAUAUACCACAGCGUCUAUCUGGUCAUCUGGAAAAGUAACUUGUACCGGUGCAACUAGUGAAGUUCAAGCGAAAAUUGCAGCACGUAGAUUCGCCCGUUCCUUGCAAAAGCUUGGCUUCAAAGUGAGGUUUAAUAAUUAUAGAGUAGUCAACGUAUUGGGCACUUGUUGUAUGCCGUUCGCUAUCAAGAUAACGUCAUUUUCGAUAUGUCACAAAGAAAAUGCAGAUUACGAACCAGAAUUGCAUCCUGGCGUCACGUACAAGUUAAGAGAACCAAAAGCUACUCUAAAGAUAUUUUCUACGGGGAGUGUUACUGUAACAGCACCGAAUGUUGCUGCCGUCCAAGCAGCAAUCGAAUAUAUUUAUCCACUAGUCUACGAGUUUCGCAAGGAACGAUCGAAGGAGGAUGAACUUGCGUUAACGGCGAAAAAACGCAAGUUGGGGUCGGGCAAACGGAAACUGGACGAGUUCCUAGAAGAUGAGCCAGAUUUCUUGUACGAAAGUAUAGUCUCCGAAGAUGCGGAGGAGGAUGUGCUCGACGAGGAAGAAAGUGAUGCCAGUUGGGACUGAUUUGUUUUUAUUUUAUGGCUCUACUGUUAACCGUGAAACUGUUAUUCAUAUCUCGUUCUUUCUGUAAUAGGUACAUACUGUAAUAUGUACAAAAAAUGUUAUUGCUGAAAGUGAAGUGAAGUGAAGUGAAGCAUAAAUUUGUUUUCAUAGUGCAAGGACAAGUGUGUGAAUGUUGGAGAGAUUAAAUAAAUGCGUAUAUGCACUUACACAUGUACAGGACAAACAGAAAGAGACCGAGAGAGAGAGAGACACACACAGAAGCAUAAUUAUCAAGUGUAGUACAUCAAAUGGACUGACGGUCAUCCUAAAAAUGACAUCCUGCAUAGUUACUUUCAUUAGCAAUAUAAAGUACGAAAUAUAAAUAUAUAUGUAAUGUGUAAUACAUGUAAAUAUGAAGAUAUAUAUAUACAUACAUACAUAUAUAUUUAUAUACUUUAAAUAUAUAACUUGGCAUAUACAGGUGUAUAUCUUCACAUCUAUAUACAUGUGCAUGUAUAGAAAUAUAGCCAACAGACAUUUUUUUUAUUAUAAAAUUGAUCAACUUUUUUUAAUUCCUCCGUUUUCUGUUGUUUUGUUUUCUGAGAAAACUUAGCAUAUUCGAGCAAUUCUUUAACACGAACACUUGUACGUAUGCUUCUUUGGACAAACAAGUAAAACAGUUUUUCGUUGCAAAAUUAGGUAAAAGGAUAAGUGCAUAUCGUUCAGUGUCGUAAGUGUAUUGCGAAUUAUAGCGUGUACAUUUUUGUUUUUGUUUUUAUUAUUUCUCAUGUGUAAUUAUAAUCACUAGGUUUGCUUAACUAAUGUACUUGUGCCAAAGAUAAAUAUUCAAAAUUUAAGACAAAGUGAUCAAGAUGGCAGUUACACAGCUGACGACUUUAAGAUAAUUAGUUUCUUCAGCGUAUAAUCGGUUGAAGUGUAUUCAGAAAUAUUUUAUAAAUUCACUAUUCGAACUUUUGUAAUUUCCAUGUUUUUUCAGGAAUUCUUUCUAUUCUCCAGAAAAUUUAUUUUUGCAUCAUAUUUUAGGUUCUAUACUCUUUAUAAAAUAUCAUACAUGCCAAGUAAUGUAAUUUCUCAUUCUGCCAACAGCUCGUUUUUUGUUUAAAUGUUUCUUGUUGUUAUUUGACAAGACUAUCAUAUCCUGUACUUUAUUGUUAUACGACAAGUGUGACGAUAGUGUAAAUAUCGUCAAGUUUUGUAUAAAGUGGGCAAGAGGAGAGAUCACUUGCGUUAUUUAGAUGAAUGCGAGCUGUUUUCGUGGAUGUAAAUGCUAUGCGAAAUUUUGUUCCAAGGAAUGUCUACUACACACACACACACACAUACACAUAUACAUAUGUAGUUUAGUUUGCAGUAUUCAUGAAUUCAGAACACGUAUUACGUAGUGAUUAUUUACGUAAAUUUAAUCAUAAGUGGACAAAGCUAAAUUGCGACAAAUUUAAAGCGGUGUAGAAAAUUAUCUUUUGCAGAAAUUGAUUGCGUUGCGCGUUAGGCGGAAAAGUUUUUAAAAACUUGUUAAGAUCGCACAUUUAAACGUACGCGAAAACAAAUAUAUUAUGUUCAAUGCGAUAAUUAUUUUCAAUUUAUGAUAACUGGAGUUGUGCAUAUUCUAGAAUCUGCAACACACAAAGACACAAAUAUUACGACAGAAUACAUUGUAGGAACUUAGUGAUCAUUUUUGUAUUAGUUAUUUAUAUACAUGUAAGAGCUUAUAUUUAUUUAUCAUUUGCAGUAAUCUAUGAAGAUAAGCGCAUCUGAAUCAAGCCAUUCUCAUUUAUUAUUCAUUUUUUGAAGAUCUAAGAGUAUCAUCUAAACGUGUUGCAACUUUAUGCCCACUGUCAGGUGGGCAUGAAAUUAAAUAACAUGCGAAAAUAUUUUUACACACCCGUUUACAAUGUAAUUGUAUUUUUUUAAAAUUCAGUUUUUAUAAACAUGUAUGUCGAAUAUUGUAUAAAACAUUCUACUGAGAGUACAGUAUAAAAUACUAUCGUCUUUCUCAUGCUUUGUGAUUAUUCACAUAUUCGUACACGAUUAAAGUCUGUUCGCAAUUAGCUGACGAAAGCAAUAUUCUGAAAAUUAUGAAAAUACACGGAAAAAUUAUCCGAGAUUUGCGUAAUUCAUUAAGUAAUAUGUAGAAAGUUUAGUCUAAAGAGUAACAUCGACAUGUAUCUCGUUAUGCAUCAUACAUAAUAUUGGGAUACGGAUUAGGUAUGGCCGACGUUACGCAAACAUUAAGUGGUAAUUAAUCUGUUCGUGCCAUAUACAUAUGACGUAAUGCAUUCGUUGAAAUCAGCUCUAAAGCAAUGUUUCAUAAUUUUCAUAAUGUAUAUACAUUGUUUUUACACUGAACAAAUUUCUUAAGAUUUAAGCUAAAGUCACUGCCCUUAGUUUAUUCAAUCGGAAAAUGUCAGACUUGGUCCACUAUGAGUAUGUGACAUACUACUAGCACAUUUUGUUUAUAUUAUUGGACAUACUGUGCUAUUCUUUGCAUUAUUAAUCGUAAGAGUUAAAGCGAUAUAGAAGUUAGACGUAUAAAAAAGUUGAAUAAUAAGAGAUACGUACCGUCGAAAUGUAAUGAUAAAAUAAAUUCUAUCAUAUAU